AUUAAUAAUAAUAAUAACAAAGAUUUAUAUAAUUAUAAUCGAGUUAUUGUUUAUAAAAUAGAAGAUGGAUAUUUAUCAAUAAAACGCUUUCGUAAAUCAAUUGAGAUUUUAUUAAAUAAACAUGAAAUAUUUCGUACAUCUAUUGAUUAUGAUAUUAAUGAUAAUUACCUUAAACAGACAAUUAAUUCUUCUAUAAAUGAUCUUUAUUCAUAUGAAUUAACUUAUUUUGAUGUAAAUGAUCUUGAAAAAUUAAAUUUAAUUAUUUAUAAUGAGCAAAUAACGAAAUAUUUUGAUUUAAAUAAAGGUAAAAUAUUUCGUUGUCAUCUAUUAAAACAAAAUAAAGAAGAGAAAAAUAAAUUAAUUAAAAAUGAUGAUAUAUUAUUAAUAUAUCAUCAUUCAGCUCUAGAUGAUU